UCGUAACUAAAAUUUUCUUCUUCCACAGCCUCACAUCACUAACUUCAAACCUAGCCCACCACUUCCCUAUUAGAGCCAAAUUACUUCUCCUUUUCUACACAAGCCUUCUCCCAACUAACCCAGCAUAUUUUCCUACCCCCUUCCCAAAAAUAUUAUCUAAAGUUGCAGGCAAAAGUUAAGCAACUUCACUUGUAAUUCAUUUUGAAACAGGUAGCUAUAACUUGCAGGCCUCAACAGCAACAGGCUCUCAGCUCUUUAAAUUCUUCGUUCUAGUGUCCCACAUGCUUGCCGAUCCUUGUUUCAAUCUGACAUAAUGUCUCUUGCAUCUCCAGCAGAGGAAGCGUUGAGAAUGGAAACUGCGGAAGAUAAUAGAGAAAGCAUCGCAGCGGAACUGGAAUUGCUGAUCUCUUCCAACAAACCCACAGCAUCCAGGGAGAGUAGCAUUUUCAGAAUCCCAAACAUUCUCUCCAAGCAUAACAAGAAGGCUUAUCUUCCCAAUGCAUUCUCCUUUGGGCCUUGGCACCAUGACGAAUGCAAUCUUCAAUCCACACAAGCGCUGAAAAUCAACUAUCUUAAGGGUCUCCUCAAUCGUUUCCCAGAUCCAAGUGCAAAGCUGCUAGAGCUAGUAUGUGCUGUACGUAAUAUAAAAGAUCAGGCUCGUCAGUGUUACGCUGGAAAGAUUAGUUUCAGCGAUGAUGAAUUAGUGAAGAUUUUGGUGCUUGAUGGUUGCUUUAUCACUGAGUUGUUUCUCAAGUAUUACAACGCAACAAGUAGAGAUGAAGAUGACCCUAUAUUCACCGUGCCCUGUAUGCUCCAGUCUCUUUAUCAUGACUUGUUUUUACUGGAAAACCAAAUACCUUGGUUUGUGCUGCAGCAUAUUUUCGACCUUACCAAUGAGAGAACAAAAGAACCAAAUCUUGAGCUCCAUCAACUUGCCAUUCAUUUCUUCAGUAAGAUUUUCUCCAACGAUGGUCUUCCUGGAGCAAAUGAGCUUUCUCCCAGUGCUACUAUCUUGCAUGUUAUUGAUCUGUUACGGCAAUGUCUGCUAGCAAAUUCUUCCCAAAGCGGAUGGAAAGAGUCAUCAAGUCGCGAGAAAAUGGAGGAACCUACAGAGGCAAAAACACAAAUUCCUUCUGCCAGUAUACUUAACAAGGCCGGGAUCAAAUUCAAGAGAGGUUCUACCAAAGAAAACAAAAAAGCAUUCGAGAGAGGCAAAUCCAGAUGCAUCUUGGAUAUUAAAUUUGAUUAUGGUGUUGUUGAACUGCCAUUUCUAUCAAUUCAUGACGCCACUGAAACUAUCUUUCGCAACCUCAUUGCCUUUGAGCAGUGUUGCUGUGGACUUCCUACUAUAUUCACCUCUUAUGCCAAAUUUAUGAAUAAUCUCAUCAGCAGUGUCGAUGAUUUUCACAUACUAUGUAGUAAUGGCAUUAUUUCUAACUCAUUAUUGAGUCCAGAGGAUGCCACCGGGUUCUUCAACAGGAUAUGCAAUGAUGCUCGUGUCACUCACUUCCAUUAUGAUGGCAUUUACGAGGAAGUGAACAGUUAUUACCGAAGGAGAUUGAUGAUAUUGCGUACGCUUAAGUGUUGCGACUUGUUCUUCAGGUCUCUCAGUGGUCUUUCUUCUUGAAAAUCCAAUCAAACUUCUAUUAAAGAGUACAAGGUUUCUCUGAUGUUGUUGCUAUAAACUGAUUGGGCUGUCUCGAUGUGGGAAUACGCUUUUCAAUUUACCACCCCAUUUGUCUUGAUCGACUCUCACAUUUUGUAAGUGGUGCUAGCAUAGUAGCAUAUAUAAGUGAUUUCUUCCCGCUCCAUCCUUGUUUUCAGCAAAAAAAAAAAAAAAAAUGUUUGGUUGUUGGUUUGUCUUUUGAAGAAUGAAACUAAGGAAUGUGUUUUGUUCAAUAAACUAAGUUGGUUAUG